UAGCUCCACUUAUUUCUUGUGGACUACGAUUAUUCUCCAUUCUCUCUGGUUUUUUUUGCUCACAUUUGUAAAUUUCAAAUUUUCAGAUCUCAAGUUUCAUGUAGAUGGGGAGCUGCUUAUCCGUCUCAAUACCAUUGGAUCAAUCGGUGAAUAAAGUCUCUCAAUGGCUAGACGAGAAAGGAGGUUAUACUCACAAUCUCGUGAAGAAUCUUGUGGCUCUGGAGACAACCAUGGAAGAGCUCAAGGCUAGGCGGGAUGAUCUGUCAAGAAGGCUCACAAUUGAGGAGGAUAGAGGUCUACAAAGGCUUUCCGUAAUCCAGGUAUGGCUUGACAGAGUUGAGACUAUCGAAAAGGAAAUCAUUGGUAUUCUUGGUACUAGAAAUGUCGAACUUCAAAGGUUGUGUCUUUGUGGGUUUUGCUCUAAGAGUUUACUAUCGAGCUACCGUUACGGUAAAACUGUUUUCUUGAAGUUGAGAGAGGUUGAGAAACUCAAAAGUGAAGUUUUCGAUGUGAUUGUUGAUCAAGUUCUAAUACCUGAGGUGGAGGAACGACCUCUUCAACCGACAAUUGUUGGUCAAGAAACAAUGCUCGAUAAGGCCUGGAAACAUCUCAUGGAAGAUGGAGUUGGUGUUAUGGGUGUAUAUGGAAUGGGCGGAGUAGGGAAGACAACACUUCUCACACAGCUCAACAAUAAGUUCAGUGAAGUUAGGUGUGGAUUUGAUUUUGUGAUUUGGACUGUUGUAUCUAAAGAGUUACAAAUAGAGAAGAUUCUUGAUGAUAUCGCUCAGAAAGUGGAUCUGGGGGGAGAGAUGUGCAACCAAAAAAGCACAAGUCAAAAGGUGGUUCACUUGUUCAAUUUCUUAAAGAAGAAGAAAUUUGUCUUGUUUUUAGAUGACAUAUGGGAGAAGGUGGAAUUAGCUGAGAUUGGAAUCCCAAUUCCAACACCACAGAACCGAUGCAAAGUGGUGUUCUCCACUCGUUCACAGGAUGUAUGUGCUCGGAUGGGUGUCGAAAAACCAAUGGAAGUCCAAUGCUUGGCAGACAAUGACGCAUUUGAUUUGUUCGAGAAGAAGGUUGGUCAAACAACACUUGUGAGCGAUCCGGAAAUCCCCGAACUUGCAAGAGAAGUUGCUAAAAAAUGUUGUGGCCUACCAUUGGCGCUCAACGUUAUAGGAGAGACCAUGUCAUGCAAGAGAACGAUACAAGAAUGGCGUCAUGCGAUACAUGUUUUGAAUUCAUACGCCGCAGAGUUUUCUGGCAUGGAAGAUAAGAUCCUUCCGCUGUUGAAGUAUAGCUACGAUAGCCUUAAGGGUGAGCAUGUCAAAUCGUGUUUGCUGUAUUGUGCUUUAUAUCCAGAAGAUGCUGAAAUUCUGAAAGAUGAAUUGAUAGAGCACUUGAUAUGCGAGAAUAUCAUAGAUGGAAGUGAAGGUGUAGAAAAGGCUGAGUACAAGGGUUAUGAUAUUAUUGGUAGUCUUGUUUGCGCAUCAUUGUUGAUGGAGUGGGAGAAUGACCAUGGACGAGGUGUUGUCCGUAUGCAUGACGUUGUUCGUGAAAUGGCCCUAUGGAUCGCUUCUGAAUUGGGAACACAAAAAGAGGCCUUCAUUGUGCGUGCAGGUGUUGGGUUACGUGAAAUUCCAAAGGUGAAGAAUUGGAACAUUGUGAGAAGGAUGUCGUUAAUGGAGAAUAAGAUUGUUCAUCUCGUUGGGAGUCCUGAAUGUAUGGAACUCACAACUUUCCUCAUGGGAAGGGGAGAAUAUGGAAGUUUCUCGAGUAUAUUGGAAGAUAUCUCGAGUGAAUUCUUCAAUUACAUGCCAAAGUUAGUUGUUUUGGAUUUAUCGGGUAAUAACAGUCUCUCUGAAUUGCCGGAAGGAAUAUCAAAUCUAGUUUCCUUGCGUUAUCUCAACUUGAGAUUAACUAGGUUACGUUGUUUGCCAAAGAAGGUACUACAAGAGUUGAAAAAACUAAUUCACUUGGAUUUGGGGUAUACAGCGCUUGAAAGUAUUGAUGGAAUAUCAAGUUUGCAUAAUCUAAAAGUAAUGAAAGUAGAAUUUUCUGUUUUUCCAUGGGAUCUCGACACAAUGAAGGAGUUGGAAACUUUGAAACAUUUAGAAAUUUUAACUACAAGUUUCAAUAUUUCUCCAACUCUGGAGCAAUUUUUGAGCUCUCUUAGGCUGGUGAGUCGUACACGAUUUCUACAGAUCUCUGACGACUUAGUAUCAUCAGCAAAUAGACAUCUUGAAUCAACUGGAAUAUCACUUUUAGGAUCUAUGGACAAGCUUCGGGAAUUCAGAAUUGAGAGAUGUCGUAUCCCUGAGAUAAAGAUCGGAAGGAUAUGUAGCUUCUUGAGCCUGGUCAAAGUUUAUAUAAUGGGUUGUAAAAGCCUGAGGGAAUUGACCUUUCUGAUGUUGGCUCCAAAUCUUAGAACUCUUCGUAUUCGUCAUUCAGACGACAUUGAAGAUAUAAUAAACAAAGAGAAAGCUUGUGAAGUUGAAGAAUCAGGGAAUGUUCCUUUCCAAAAGCUGAAUGUUCUUCAUUUGGAAAAUCUACCAAAGCUGAAGAAUAUAUAUUGGAGUCCUCUACCCUUUCCAUGUCUAGAGAAAAUCUAUGUAGAGACAUGUCCAAAUCUGAAAAAGCUUCCACUCGAUUCCAAAAGUGGCAAGCAAGGUGAAAAUGGAUGCAUCAUAAGUUACAAAUCUCGAGGAUGGAUUGAAGGUGUGGAAUGGGAAGACGAAGCUACAAAAAUCCGCUUCUUAUCUUAGUGCAUAGAAAAGGGGUAAUGACAGAGGCAAGUUCAAAGUUGAUAAAGUCGUCAUUUGGGUUUAAUUUCUCUCUGCUUUCCAUAUCUAUUUAUCUCUCUCAUCUUUCAAACUCUGUAUUGCUUUCUAUGAGUUCUUUUUGUAAUUCUUCUUUUUUAUGCCUUUUCACAUGAAACAUACUUCAAAUAUUGAAAAUGGCUGCAACUUUAUUGAGAUGUGAAUUUCUUGUAAUGAUGAUAAGAUAAUGGAAGUUGAUAGAGUUAAGUGAA